AUGAUGCAACAUUCUAUUGAUGCCAAUGCCCAGUCUUCUGUGAUAGCACAUUCCAGAAAUGAUUGUGGCUGUUUAAACACUAAAGAUUGGUUAAAACUGGCUUCAAAUCUCGCAAUUCCUCUUAUCAUUGGUGUUUUUACUAUUUUCAUAUCUAUUAAUCAGCAAAAUACUGUGCAAAUUAAUCGAGAUAAAGAUGUUGCACAAGCUGCUGAACUACGCCGUAAUGAUACUGAGCGAGCACAAAAACAACGAGCAGAAGACAAAGAAAUAGCACGAUUACAACGUGAAGAAGAUAAAAAGUUUGCACAACUACAACGAGAAGAAGAUCAAAGAAUGUCACGUCUUCAACGUGAAGAAGAUCGAGAGAUUGCUCGUCAACAACGUGCUGAUGAUAAAGAAAAUGCACGUUUACAACGUGAAGUUGAUUUGAAAAUAGCGAGAGAUAAACGAAUACAAGAAUAUGAACUUACUGAAAAAGAACAUAGUUUAUAUCAAAGUCAACGUGCUCAUGAAGUUGAAAUCGCUCAGCAAAACUACAUGGCAAAUCUCAUUUUAAAAGAUGACCGACGGAAAGAAAAUAUAUUAAUUAAUUACCAACGGCAACUGGCCAAACUACUGCUUCAUUACGGUUUUCAACUAAAUAUCUCACAGUCCACGUUACUAUUCGUACUACGAAUGAGAACCAGAGCAGCAUUUCGCCUUCUUAAUCCAGUACGUCGUUCUGUUCUUAUGCAUACUCUUCGUCAAGGUGGUCUUUUUGGUGCUCGACUGGAUCAUUCGAUAUUUAUUCAGUCAGAUUUUGCUUUCGUAUCUAUGGCUGAUGGAAACAUGAGUAAUGGUUCAUUUAUCGAUUCAGUUUUUGAAACGACAAAUUUUGAUCGAGUCGAUUUUUCCGGAGCCGAUUUUCGGCGAUGUACAUUUCAAAAUAUAUCAAUGGUCAAUUGUUCAAUGUUCGGAGUGAAAUUACAAGAAACAAAAUUCUUUUAUGUGAAUCUGUUUGGAUGUAUGGGCUUUCAAAUCGAACAAAUCUAUUCUUUGUCAGCAGCUAAUAAAGUCACUUUACCAAAUGGAACACUGUGGCAUUCUCAAGCGGAAACAGACGAUCAUAUUUUCUAA